AACACUUCAGGACCGCAUCGUGUGGUCCUCAACUCCACCGAAUACCCGUCCUCGGACCCUGGCAGGGAUCGUCUUCACGUGUGUCCAUGACUUACCGAUGGACUGUAUGCAAGACCUGGCGAUACCUGGGCGCACGAAGUGUAGACUGAUUAUGUUAUGACUACUGAACGAAUCGACAGAUGCGAAUGGCACUGACUAAUAUUCGCAUGACUCUUUUUCCCGAUCAUCAGAAGAACCAGCGUGGACUCUCUAGCUGGUGUAUUCCAUGUUGACCUCGGGACCUCGGUCGCGCGGCUGCGAUCGUUUCUCCGCUCCCCGCAAGAACUCGAAUUUCGCGGUCUUUCCCCAGUUUCUCCUGCUCCUAUACCCAUUUGCGCGUCGUUCCUCUUGAUAUAUUAAUCUGUCCAACCUUCUGCAGUUUUUUACCCCUUUCUGAAAGAUCGGUUGACCUUUUGUUUGAUACCUCUCCUUCCAUCCAACGAAAAGUUCUCAUCCCCUCACUUCCCCUCUUUUUUUUUCCCUCCCACAGUUAUUACCUGCACAAUGGUCAAGCAAGCUGGACCCGCCUACGUCUUGGGCGUGGGCAUGACCAAGUUCAUCAAGCCCCGUGGCAAGGUCGAUUACCAUGAGCUCGGUUUCGAGGCCGGUGUCAAGGCCAUGCUGGAUGCCCAGAUCACCUACGACGAUGUCGAGCAGGGCGUCGCCUGCUACGUCUACGGCGACAGCACCUGUGGUCAGCGCGUCUUCUACCAGUUCGGUUUGACCAACAUCCCCAUCUACAAUGUCAACAACAACUGCUCCACCGGUUCCACCGGUCUGGCCAUGGCCCGUACCCUGGUCUCCCACGGUGCCGCCGAUUGCGUUAUGGCCGUUGGAUUCGAGAAGAUGAACCCCGGCAGUCUGCAGUCCGUCUACAACGACCGUGAAAACCCCACGGGUCUGUUGGGCAUGAUGAUGGCGGAGACUCGCGGCGUCACCAACGCCCCGGGCGCCGCCCAGAUGUUCGGUAACGCCGGCCGCGAGUACAAGGAGAAGUUCGGUGCCAAGAACGAGGAUUUCGCCGAGAUCGCCCGCGUCAACCACGAGCACUCUAAGCGCAACCCCUACUCGCAGUUCCAGACCGAAUACACCCUCGAGCAGGUUAUCAACGCCCCCAUGAUCCACGAGCCCCUCACCAAGCUCCAAUGCUGCCCCACCUCGGACGGCGCCGCCGCCGCCGUGGUUGUGUCGCAGGAAUUCCUCGACGCCCGCCCCCACCUCAAGGACCAGGCCGUCCUGAUCGCCGGUCAGCAGUUGGCCACCGACAACACCUCCAUCUACAGCAAGAGCUCGAUCGACUUGAUGGGCUUCGGCAUGUCCCGCUUCGCCUGCCGCGAGGCCGUCAAGCAGGCCGGCGUCAACAUCAAGGACAUCAAGGUCUGCGAGCUGCACGACUGUUUCUCCGCCAACGAGAUGAUCACCAUCGACGCCCUCGAGCUGUGCGAGCCCGGCAAGGCGCACGAGAUGGUGCGCAAGGGCGACAUCACCUACGGCGGCCGCAUGGUCAUCAACCCCUCGGGCGGUCUCAUCUCCAAGGGUCACCCGCUGGGCGCCACCGGUCUGGCCCAGUGUGCCGAGCUGGUGUGGCACCUGCGCGGCUGGGCCAACAACCGUCUGAUGGACGGGACCAGCUCCGCCCUGCAGCACAACCUCGGCCUGGGCGGCGCUGUCGUCUGCACCGUGUACAAGCGCGCCGACGGCAAGGUCGCCGCGGCCGUUCCCGACGCCGUUGUGGGCAAGGCCAACGGCCUCGGAUACAACCCGGCCGUCGAGGCCAAGGGCUUCACGGCCGCGCAGGCCAAGGCGGUGCUGAGCAAGAAGAACAGCUCGGCGUGGGCGCUGUCCGACACGCAGGAGCGGGUUAUCGCCCGGUUUUAA